GAACACUGUUAUCUGUAGUCUUUGAUUUUAGGCCAUAUCACUCACACAAGCAAACUUUUGGUAUAAAAGGAGGGAUCUGCUCAGGAUCACCAGAUUUGCACCAGAAGCAUCGCUCCUGUUGUUGUGAACAGAUCUUAUCUUAUCCUCACAGACAUGUCAGGGAAAGUUAUUGUGGUAUUUGCACUGCUGGUUGUACUGCUUGUAUCCAGUGCAGCCUCCUCACCUGAAUCCUCUGCAGCUGGAGAGGCUAAAGAGGCUAACACACUACAGCAGCUUCUGGCAAAGAGGAGGAAUGCACAAGACAUGGCCCGCAGACAGGAGCCCGCAGCUGCGGCGCCUCCUCAGACUCGUUCUGGGCAGAUGAGGAGACGGGCACACCUAUCAGAAGACGAGCGAGAGAUUAUGACCAAGCAAAUAAUGCAAGCAAUCUCAGAGAUGAUGAACUCUGAGUGCAUGUCGGAUCGGGACUACCAGGGCUGGGUGGACUUCGGACGCCGUGAUGUGGAAUGAGACACAACAACAGCCACCUGAGAGCUUGCACUUUGCUUUUUUUGUUCAGAUUUUAUGUACAGGAAACAUUUUACUGUCCCUGCAACUUUAUAAAUAAACUCUUUGGCAGAAUUAUCACAGUUGUUUUAUCUGUUUAUCUGUCAAGAGGAAAUACACAGACAUAUAAACUAUACUGGAUGAAAAUGCAACAUUUUAUUCACAGGUGGUACAAUUUAUACACACGCUGACGUAUACAUACAUAUGCUGUGAUUCUAACAAAGACUACAACAAACAGUGGUGCAGAGAAACAGUGGUUUGGUUGAUUUAAGUCAGAACACAAAUUAUUAUAACCUGUGUUUAUGAUUUCUUCCCUUUUUAAUCCACAGUAUCCUAUGCCUUUUUGCUACAGUUGAUUGAAGAGACAUGCUGUUAAAAUAAUUAUGACCUCUCUUCUACUUGUAUUUCUUUCAACAAAAGAUUCCCCUUAACACCAUGCAGAAUUCACUUUGAAUGCCCAACAUGAUUUUUGAUUUCAUUUAUAUCCCAGCAGUUUUCAAAAUUCCUGAUGACAUGAAAUACAGCAGAUUUGUACAAGCACGAUUUUCAUACACAUAUUGCUUCUAAAAGUCAUAUUCACUGUCUUUGAUGCAGCAUGGCAAACCUGAUUUUAGUUUAUUUGGUGAGGUUUGGCUCAGGAUAAUAAUAAGUCCACAAAGGUCAGGCAUUGCAACAGCUCAGAGGUGAUGGCUGCUAUGUGAAAGCUGGUGGUGAAGCGAGGGGGAUACAGCUAAAAGGAUGUCGACACGAUCAACAUUAUUCAGUUCAGUCAGUGUAUCAUCUGUUCCCAGUUUGGAGCAGAUAUCAUUGCAGUGCUUCUUUAUCAAUUUCUCAACUUGAGUAUAUUUGACAAUCUUAUAUACAAUAUGUUUUUUUCAGUGUAGCAGCUAGUAAGCAGGAAGACCAGAGUGUAUUUUAAUGCAUCUGAAAGAUCUUCAGUGUGACAGCAUUGGCUUGGUUUGUGGUUUUAACAGAUAAUAAUUUACUGCACAUGGUCUUUU